AUGACAAAAAGGAUUAGGAUUAAUUGGAAGCAAGAAGGAGUUGAAAAAACCUUUCUUGAAGCAUGUGUUCAUGAAAUAACCGUUAAUGGACGUGAAGGAAGCAGUUUUAAACAAGCGUCAUGGAAAACUGUAGCUGAAAAUUUGAAAACACAACAUAAUUUCAUAGUGGAACAACGUCAAAUGAAGAAUCACUAUGAUUUUCUAAAAGGAAAAUUUGCAGCUUGGUUAAAGCUUAAAAACAAAACCGGGAAUGUCUAUGAUCCAGUUACAAACAGUUUUAACUUGUCAGAAGAAGAGUGGCAAAUUGAGAUGAAGUCUAACAAGUAUGUAGAAGCUUUGAGAAGUGCGCCACUUGCUUUCCCCGAGCUUUGUUGUCAAUUGUAUGAGCGGUCUACUUCAAAUGGGUUUGAUAGUUGGGGGCCAAGUUCUACGCUUCCUCAUCCUUCUGGGGAUAUUUGUAUUUGGAUUUCGUAUGUUGUGUUAUUUUGUAUUUGGAUUUUCAUAUGUUUCCAUGGAAUUUAAAGGAUUGAUGUGUAAUUUGGAUUUUCUAUGGCGUUUUGUAUUUUUCUUUUACAAUUUUUCAUCAAUCUGUACACUAUUCAGAGCUCUUGCCAAACAGAUACAUUUCAUUCAGCACAUAAUAGUUCAGAGGGGUAAAAUAGUCAUUCUACACAGUCAUUCAGAGAUACAACCAAACAGCUCUUAA